AAUUAAGCAGCUGAUUAUAAAACGUGUUACUGUGAAUGGCACAUAUUCUUAUCUAUCGCUUUGAUAAGCAUAAAAGCGUCCUCUGGAAUCUGCGUGUGCAGUAAUCAACAAUAAAUGUCAUGGCAUAGCAGAAUGCGAAAACUGUGUCAAACCGUUGCUAAGGAAGCGCGUAAAAGACAGUGCGCUCCAGAAGUGAUAAAAGCAAAUCUAAUUUGCUUACAUUACGAAACCGCAAAUUGAUUUUAUUGCAAGGGGACCUAUAUAUUAGAUAGUGUGAAGCUGUGUCAAGCAGUGCAUGGUGAUACUUAAAAUCUAAAGCUUCGUGACCGUUGCCCCCAUUUUGUCCAAGAUGUUAACCCUCUAUUACGUGAGCGCCACUUUGGUGCAGUCCUGGCGUAUUCAAAGGGCCUGCAACAAAAUUGCUGAGCAAUUAGCGCAGUCAUCAAGCGUAGCGUUUUAUGCACUUCAAUCUGGCAGAGACGACGGAUUCGAUCCUACAAUAGCCAGCUCAGAGCUGUGCUGUAAUCGGAACGUGGCUAAGGUAACGGAUAUACUGUGGUUGCAUGGCAACCAGCAUGGUUGCUGCCUGCGUCCACUGCAAUCAGUGCAAAUUACGCCAUGGAUUAGCUUUCCAUCAGCCCCCAGUUUGCUACCGUUCGCCUAUGCUGCGGACACUGCUACCCCCACAGUAACUCCAACAGAAAUCGAACCUCAACCCAGAAUAAGUCUGUCCCCGGACACGGCGCAACAUCUACAAUUGUUGAUCGAGGCGAAUAUUGACUUGCAGCAGCGGGAAGCCAGCACACAAAGCUGUGUACCGGUGCAGCUGGAAAAUUACGGUAAGCUAAUUGCAUGGAAAAUAGAUUCCCACCUGGCGGUGCUCAUCGAGACGGAUAUUGAGCACUUCACAAAACUAUUGAUAAUGACAUUUUUACAAAAUAAUUUAUACAUUAAUGAUCAGCUGCCACUAAUGAGGAUUGAGUCUGUGCAGCGCGAGGGUGAACCACAGCCUUUUCAGYUGCUGGCUAAUCAUCUGAAGCGCCAAUCACGCAAGGCGGUCGAACUCAGUGCGGAGGGCUGGCAAAAGCAUCUGGAGGAUCUGCGUGCGCUCGGCGUAUUGGCUCACCAGGCUACUGAGUUCGAGCAGCAGAAGAACCGCAAUGAAUUGAAGCCUAGUACUCCCAAGCAGGAGCCCUUGCAGCAGCGACAGGAGCAGUCGCCCGUGGCAGCCCAAGCCAGCCUUAAGGCAGUGGCUAUAGUAGAGCCCACCACCAAGACACCGUCUCCUGCCAAGCCAACCCAGCUGAAGCAGCCGACUCCAGUUGAACAUCUUCUAAGCAAGCCUAGUGAUUUCGAAAAAGGGACUGCCACGACGAAGACUGACAAUUCAUCAACCAACACCAGGGAAAUGGMAAAGUCCCCAGGAGUYGAGGACAAUGCAGGCACGCCCGUCGCAAAGGCAUCUACUCCGAGCAGAAGUUUUGUGGCUGUGAAACCAAGUUCGCCACCGUCCGAAACUCCAUCCGCCACCCGAUUGACCGGUCAGACACACCAGUUGGAAGUCAAAGUGUUGGGCACUGAGGAGACUUGGAAUACACCUAGUCUGAUGUUGGCUAAAAGCUUGCAGAGUGGCGGCAAAGCCGUCUUUUCUCAGGUUCACUUGGAGACUAAUCCCAACGAGUUUGAGUUUGAUGAAGUCAAGUUUGCAAUCUUAAAGCAAAGCGAACGCAUACGUAUCGAAAUCUUURCGGACCURUUGCGCAAGUACCUGGAGGUGCAGGUGCGAAGUACCGACUCUGAAGGUGCUGCGUCUGCCGCAGUUGUCUUCAAACAUGCCUAUUUCUUGGGUCGUCAUGAGUCCAAGUUUGAGCUCCUGGAGAAAUUGCGUCCACGUUGCAGCAGCAAUGACAACGUCAUCAUAAUGCCCAAAUUAUCAAUUAAGUUCUGUGGCAAAGAUGACAAGCCGCCGGCCGCAAACGCAAAUGUAUUACCCAUUCUGAUACAUUCCUGUCCGGAUGAUUUCUCCACAGUCGAUUACUUUGAUAAUCUGAAAACGGAGCAUAUUGGACGYUUGGUCAUCUAUGCGCCAGUCUUGAGUAGCUCAAUGCAUGUCAUCAACGACAUGGAGCUAGUGCAUGGCAUUGCUGUGCUGCCGGUUCAGCAGACAGCGGGGGUCGGUCGCAGCGGUAAUCAGUGGCUGAGUCCUUUGGGAUGCGCAAUGUUUUCUACACAGCUGCACAUCGACAUGGACUCGCCUUUGGGCACACGCCUGCCGUUGGUACAGCAUCUGAUUGGUGCUGCAGUGGUGAAUACUCUUCGAGGUCAUAAGCUAUAUAGGGUAAGUGCUGAGAUAAUAUAA